GAGAAAGGGAAAGUGGCGCUGCCCACUUUCGGGUUCAAGCGCUGCUAUUUUCUUUCUUUUUUUGCAAGCUUUGCAGCGGAGCCGAGGAGACCCAAAGGCCCGCGGAGGGUGCGCUUUUACGCGCGGGCGCGCGGGCUGCUCGCUGCCCCCGAAGCUCCUGGGUGGAGAGAGGAAGAGGAGGAGGAGGCCACGAUUCCCGCCGCCGGGCUUCCCCCGGGCUUGCUCGGGAGUAAGCCGCCCCUUCCCGAGGUCGGGCAGGGCGCGAGCGGGGGCGCGCAGGACACCUCCCCACCCCAGGGAAGGAAAGAAAGGCUCCGGCGUCUUGCAGCCGGGGGAUCGGGACCUCCGGCUUGCGCAGCGAGGCGGCGGGGGGCUCGGCUCCUUCCCCGGCGGGGGCGGCGGCCAGAGCAGCUGGCGGGGGGGGGGGCGCCGGGAAAAGGAUCCGCCACAGUCGCCCGAAGCCAACAUGGCUGAGAUCAGCAUCGACCAGUCCAAGCUGCCGGGAGUCAAGGAAGUGUGCCGGGAUUUUGCCGUCCUCGAGGAUCACACUCUGGCCCACAGCCUGCAAGAACAGGAAAUUGAGCAUCAUUUGGCGACCAAUGUGCAGCGCAACCGCCUGGUGCAGUAUGACUUGCAGAUGGCCAAGCAGCUGCAGGAAGAGGAGGACCGCAAGGCACGGGCCCGGAUCCAGGAGCGGCACAAAGACCUGGAGAGGCAGGACUGUGAGAUAGCUCAGGAAAUUCAAGUCAAGCUGGUCAUUGAGGCAGAACAGCGGCGUCGCCAAGAAGAGGACGAUGAGGACAUUGCUCGGAUCCUGCAGCAGAAGGAGCUCCAGGAGGAGAAGCGUCGGAAGAAGCCCCACCCAGAGCCCUUGCAGAAGAGCACUUACGAUGAAGGAUACUACCCGGAAAGCAGAGACCGCUUGUGCGUGAGCCCCCGGGAGCAGGCUAGACCUCGCCGAGCCCAGAGCGGCGAGAGGGAGCCCCAGAGGCCGAGGGAACCCCCGGGGCCCCCUCUAUUGUCCGAGGGGCUGGACUUGGAAGUUUUGGGGAGCUCCUCGGAAGCGAGGCAGGCUGGAGGCGGCCGGAGGGAGAGGCAGGACAGGAACCGGGGCAGCCGGGAGAGGCCUCGGAGGCCUCCUUCGGACACGGAGGAGGAAAGCCGCCGCGACGGAGACCGCCGGGACAGGAAGCCGUCCAGUCAGGAAAGACAUUGGCGGCCCUCUUCGCUCGCACUGGACGGGGAGGUCGAGCCCCACGCAGGUGGCGGCAUGGGGCGGAAAGAAAGGCGGCCAGGGAGCCGAGAGGGGAGCCGCAGGACGCCCCCUUUUCCGCUGGACUGGGAAGAUGAGAGGGUGCAUCUAGAGAGCGGUGGCCGGCCCCGUAAGCCCCGGGAGAGGUGGUCCCCUAGCUCAGAGAGGUCCCCGCGGCCGACACACCUGAGCACCGACUGGGAGGAAAGGCACCGGCUGGGCCGCAGCUGUUCCCCAGACCCGGAUCGCCACAGGCGACCACCCCGCCAGGACCGGGAGUCGCCCAGGCCCCCCUCCCGCGACCCCAGGCUGCAGGACCUGGAAGCACCAGCACCCCGGAGAGGCGGCAGGAGGGACGGAGAAAGGGAACGUCGCAACGGGGCAAGCGCCUCGCCCUCCUCGCACUGCGGGGACGACUUGGGAGCCGAUGCCCAGCGCCAUAAGGAUCCAGGAACGAAAACGCGGGGGGCGAAGGAUGCCAAUUACCACAAAGGCCGCCCGGCAGCCCCCCAGGACCAGGAGCUCUAUGAUGCAGAGAUCGCCCGGAAGCUGCAGGAGGAAGAGCUGUUGGCCAGCCACGUGGACAAGAGAGCAGCGCAGGUCGCCCAGGACGAGGAAAUAGCUCGCCUGUUGCUGGCGGAGGAGAAGAAGGCUUACAAGAAAGCCAAGGAACGGGGAAAGUCUUCUCUGGAAAAGAAGAGGCAGGAGCCAGACUGGAAGCACGACGCACACGAAUCGGUGCGCCCGAGGUCAAGGGAAGGUCACGAAGGUCACCGGUCCAGAAGCGACAAGCCAACGAGGCCUCCCCCUCCGCCCUCCGAGGAUCUGGACCAGCUUUGUAACCUUACAAGCCAGCAGAACGUGGCACAUCAAACACCCAGACCAGAGCCUUCUCAUAAAGGUUACCACUAUAAACAGUAGGACGAACGAGGCAUUUUUUUUUUUGCUGAUACUGACUCUCUUCUGUAGCAAACUUUGCUGGAAUCCUUCCUGGAGAUCUCCUGGGUUCCUUCCAGCCUCCAAG